AUGAUUAUACCAGGAUUUGGUAUUAUUAGUACAGUUAUUUCUGCUGCUUCAAGUAAAAACGUUUUUGGUUAUUUAGGUAUGGUUUAUGCUAUGAUGUCUAUUGGUGUUUUAGCUACAUGUUACGGUGGUUCUUUACAUUUAACUCCACCUAUGUUAUUUGCUUUAGGUUUUGUUGUGUUAUUCACUAUUGGAGGUUUAAGUGGUGUUGUAUUAGCUAAUGCUUCACUUGAUGUAGCAUUUCACGAUACUUAUUAUGUUGUUGCUCACUUCCAUUAUGUUUUAUCUAUGGGAGCUGUUUUUGCUUUAUUUAGUGGUGUUAAUGUUACUUUCUUCCCUCAACAUUUCUUAGGUUUACAAGGUAUGCCUAGAAGAAUUAGUGAUUACCCUGAUGCUUUCUAUGGUUGA